CAACAAGGUGUGUACAUGGCCCUCAUGGAAACUCCGGAUCAUUCGAUGAGUUCGAAUGAAGCGCUUUCCUCCGUAGACAGCACCUUGAAGCGUCUCCAAAACCUAAAAAAUGUACAACAAGUCCUUGUAUUGACCAAGGAUGGCGUCGCCCUGCACUCAAGCGUCGAUCAGAAGAAAACGGCGCAUCAAGCUUCAUUGAUA